CGGGCUCGGGGCGCGCAGGCGGCCGCCGGGCGCAGGCGCGGGCGCGGGCACGGGCAGCCCCACGGCGAGCAACUGAAACCGCAAGAAGCACAGUACUCCUGAAUGGUUGAAACCCUGAAGAGAAGCAUCCGCUGAGCAGUGCAGCAGGAGCCAUGUCUCUGCCCUUCCGCAAAGAGUUGGAGAAAUACAAAAAUAUUAACGAAGAUGAAAUACUCAGCAAACUCUCGGAGGAUGAACUGAAACAGCUAGAACAUGUUCUUGACGACCUUGAUCCCGAGAACGCCUUGCUGCCCGCGGGGUUCCGGCAGAAGGAUCAGACCACUAAAGCUGCCACCGGCCCCUUUGACAGGGAACGCCUCCUUUCGUACCUGGAGAAGCAAGCGCUUGAGCAUAAAGACAGAGAAGACUUUGUACCGUUUACAGGGGAAAAGAAAGGAAAAAUAUUUAUCCCUAAAGAAAAGCCCAUAGAAACUCGUACAGAAGAGAAGGUGACCCUGGAUCCAGAACUAGAAGAAGCCCUGGCCAGCGCUUCAGACACUGAGCUCUAUGACCUUGCAGCUGUUCUUGGAGUGCACAACAUGGUUAACAACCCAAAAUUUGAUGAAGCAGGAGCCCGCAGUAAAGAUGGGAAAGGAAGCAUGAGAAAUGUGGUCAAAGGUGAAAAGGUGAAGCCUAUUUUUGAGGAGCCACCCAACCCAACCAAUGUGGAAGCAAGUUUACAAAGAAUAAAAGCAAAUGAUCCUAGUCUCAUAGAAGUUAAUCUAAACAACAUAAAGAAUAUUCCUAUUCCAACACUGAAAGAAUUUGCAAAAGCUUUGGAAAGCAAUACCCACGUGAAGACAUUCAGCCUUGCAGCUACUCGAAGCAAUGACCCUGUAGCUAUUGCAUUCGCAGAUAUGUUGAAAGUGAACAAAACGCUGAAGAGUCUGAAUGUAGAAUCCAAUUUCAUCACUGGGACGGGUAUUCUGGCACUGAUUGAUGCACUAAAAGAGAACGAAUCCCUGACAGAGAUUAAAAUUGACAACCAGAGGCAGCAGCUGGGGACAGCUGUAGAGAUGGAGAUUGCCAAGAUGCUGGAAGAAAACUCCAAGAUUCUCAAGUUUGGAUACCAGUUCACAAAGCAAGGGCCAAGAACAAGGGUGGCAGCAGCUAUUACUAAAAACAAUGAUCUAGUUCGUAAAAAGCGAGUGGAAGGAGAGCGGCUGUAGCCAUGCCGGAGGAUGCAAAACCCGACUGGAGGCAGCCAACAACUGCAAUCUCAGUGUUCACUGGUCAGAAGGGAAGACACUGGAAAACCAUUAUAAUGGGAGUUGCUCAUUUCUGUUAAUGUCCCCUUUUAACCUUGAAAAUGCAGCCUGAUCAUUUUUAACUUUCACAGUUAAUUGAACUUUUAUGAGAAAAAUUCAUCGUUGGUUUGAUAUUAAUGAAAAAGUUGUUUUACAAUAUCUGAAGCCAAUAAGCAGAAUGUUAUGGUGUUAGUGAGCAUAAUAUACGGUGACACUGACCUUUAUUUUAGACACUUUUUGCCAUGUUAAAGUAUAAUCUUGUGUAUGGAUAAGGGAUGCUCUGCUUAAAAGGAAAUUCUAGGGCCAAGUCCUGCAAUGCCUUACAUUUUUGAAUAAUCCUAAUUUAUGUACGUAGUCCUGCUGAAUUCAAUGUGAUGCUCCAGUAAUGCCAGUGCAAGGUUGCAGGAUCACACCCAUGGGCCUCUCUCCUGCUCUCCAACCUGGACAGCAGGAACUCUGUGUUCGACAGAGCCCUGCUACCUUGUGUGGGUCUCUGCCCAUCCGUGUCCAAGAGCAGGAUCACGCCUAGGUUUGUAAGCAUUGUCAAAGCCUACUUGUUUACAUAAGAUGAGGUUCAUUAGGGGGAUCAUUUCACAAUGUUACACUGAUUUGUUAACCUUACUCCACAAUGGAAGGUAGUAUUAGCGUUGCCAAUCCUAGAUACCUUAAACGUUAGUUUUUUUCUAGUCCAAUGAGUUUUUAUUUGUGACUAGAAUGCACAGUUUACAGCAGUAUUUGUUUUGCUUUGAGCCAUGUGUUUGACCUUUUUUAGUUCUGGUAUUUAUGCGCAUUUGUUAGUACAUAGAACUCAGGACCUUUUAGGUAAAGAUUAAUUAAAUAGUUAAUCAAGGACAGCAACUGUGCUACCAGGAAAAAAACAGUAAGAGCGUAGUUGUACCAACUACCUAACUUUCAUUUAUAGAGACCAUUUCAGGUUUGUCCUUGUAUCAUAAAGCACUUACUUAGGUAUUUGCAUUAGUACUUAGCUGAAUAAGGGCAGAUUUAAGCAUAUGCACAACCGCUUUGCUAAAUCAAGGCCUUAACUCAGUUGCUGUACAUGUUACUAAGCCAGUGGAAAAUACUCGUGAAGCAGCAGCUAACCCCAAUGCUCAACAGCAUAAAAAUUUUAGUAGGAAUUUAGUCCAUAAUGUUUUAUUUUAUGUAUUUCACAGUCCAAAACAUUAUUUUCUACCACUGCUUUAUCACUGCCAACCGUUGUCUCUGAUGAACAGCCAGAGGUUCCUUUUGAUUAAAAUGAAACAUACUGCAAGAGUUAAGGGAGACUCUGGUUAGGUGUUUCACUGAUCCCUGUGCUUUCAGAAAGCUGCAGGAAUUUCCCUGGAGCUAACACGCUCCUGCAAAACACUAGUGUCUUCUCCCAGAGCUGCCUUGCUUCACCCACACUGGUGGCAGCGGGACUCGGAAGGUCAGCGUCACUGCGCUGCACUCCCAACCUAGGGGAGAGCUGUGAUCCACUGCACAGCUGGGUACCCAGGCCUAGAAAGCAGGGGAGGCCCAGAAGCAGCUGGCUGGCAUACUCCCCCGAGCCUGACAUUUUCCUGAGCCUAACAGCAGUGCAAUCGAGUGGCAGGAAACCUCCCUCUGUGCCUUUUGAAAUGGAAAUGAGCAGGUCCAAGGCAGCACUGUUCCUGUGGGAUUCUGAUCUUCGUAGUUGAGCCCUAACUGAAUCAUGUACACCUAGAUCCAACUUAAAAGUAAUUUUCUAAAGUGCUCUGUUGAAUUGGAGUCUAAAGUACAGUAUCCACAGUUUACCUCCUCAGAUUAAGGCUACAACUUUUGCUUCACAAGUGAAAAACACAACACAUGAGGGAGUCUUGCUGAGAUUUUCCCUAGAUCCAUGCCAGAUUUGCUGUGAAAAGCUUUGCUAUUCCAUUAAAAAAUGUCAAGUUCUGUAACACAGUCAUAACUCUGCAUGGUCUUAAGUAAACAGCCCUUAAAAGCAUGAGGAUUACUAGGGUGAUAAUGGACUUGCAGCAUCAAGUCACAUGGGUAGAAAAGCCUCAUCUCCAAAGCCAAAUGAUUUUGGAUGCUGACAAAAUUCAGUGAUUAGAAUCACACUAUCCAUAUUUUCCUCUUCAUUUGUUUGAUCCAAGCAGGGAAAUCCCAAGUCCCUAUGACUGUUUUUUUAAUGUAUUUUAAUGAUUUUGUAAUUGGUUUUUUUUUUUGUAAGGAUGGUGUGUAUGUAUGUUCAAGGGAAACAAGUGCAAUCCAUUUCUAGUCUUAAUUGCCACCUACAGGGUUGGUAUUUGCAUGCAGCAGUUUUAUAAGGAUGGAUUGGUUCCAUCCACAUCAGCUACACAGACCAAGGUAACUGGCUUGGGAAGGCCCAGUGGCUUUCUCUUGCCUUCAUCUGCUGUGCUAUUUCAGAGGCGCAUUUCUCCUAGAGGGAGGAUUCCUCAGGCACUAGAGAGCAGGAACUCAAACACUAGCCCCACUAUGCACUAGCAGACAGCGCCUGGAGCUUACACCCCUUGGCUGGGCACCUCGGAGGACUGUCUCCUGCCAACACGUGUGAGGCAAGCUCCUAAUACCUGGCCCGUUUGUCUGGCCAGCGGGUCCAGCACGGCCACUGCCAGGCCUGCCCAGGGAACAUCGCUGUCCUCCCUCUUCUGCACAUUCCACACAAGGGCUUGGUCACUAUCUGAGCGUCGCAAAUCAAAUGUUAGGGCAAUCUAAGUGUCUGCUCAAUACAACAACAACAAAUCAGCACCCUUACUGGUGACAACAACGGAUUUUCAUAUAAACUUGAAUAUAGGAUGAUUUAGUUGGUUAAAAUCCCCGCAACUUACAUGAAGAGGGUCAGGAUGUGACUAGUUCCUUUUAAAGUUCCACUUUGGAACAACGUCUGUUACACUUCCAACUGAAUGGGACACAGGGACAUGAGUCCUUUUUUUCUUAAGCAAACAUUCAGGAGUAACUUUGUCUACUUUUGCACAUUGCUUCUCAUGUUGACAGCUUAGGUUUGGUUUGUAUUUUUUAUACAUUUUUUCCAUAGAAAAGUUCAACAUUGUGCAUGUCCUAACAUUUUCGUGUAUCGUAGUGUGCACUAAGGACAGUAUGGUGUACAUGUCAAAUGCUAGAUGAAGGUGUUAUCUCCGGAACAUAAAUAAUUGCAUGCGCACAGUGUGGUGCAUAUUACUCAAGAGGAAGGGAAUUACCACGCUAUGUAACAGUGACUCCCAAACAACGUGGUUUUUCUAAAUAAAUCUUCAUAAAGAAUCUUGC